CUAUUUAAGCAGAGUGUGAUCAGUACAGAAAUAGGCAGUCAAAAACGUAUGAAAUAAAUUUUGUUUUUCUUCUCUUGUUUUUGAAGGUUUCCUGAUGAAAAUUAACGUCGUUAAUAUAGUUGUGGAUGAUGAUGAUGUCCCAUAUGAAGAGGACAUACUUAGAAAUCAGUUCUCGGUUAAAGCCUGGUUGAGAUAUAUUGAUUUCAAAAAAGAAGCUCCUAAAAAUGUGAUUAAUCUUCUAUUUGAAAGGGCAUUAAAAGAGCUACCUGGAAGCUAUAUCCUGUGGCACCGUUAUUUAAAACUUCGGCGUGCACAAGUGCGUGGUCUAUGUGUCCUUGAUCCAGCCGUAGAAGAUGUUAAUAGUGCAUUUGAAAGAGCCUUGGUUUUUAUGCACAAGAUGCCACGCAUAUGGCUGGACUACUGUGAAUUCAUAAUGGCUCAGUGCAACAUAACUAGAACCAGAGAUGUUUUUGAUAGGUCAUUGAGAGCUCUUCCCAUUACACAACAUCAUCGAAUAUGGCCACUUUAUCUUAAGUUUGUUACUAAAAAGGCUCCACCUGAAACAGCUGUCAGAGUUUAUCGACGAUAUUUAAAGCUAUGUUAUGAAGAUACUGAGGAUUUCAUAGAUUAUUUAGCAGAAAUUGAUAGACUGGAUGAAGCUUCAAUUAAGUUGGCUGAAGUUGUCAACAACGAACGCUUUGUGUCGAAGCAUGGUAAACCAAAGCAUCAACUUUGGAAUGAGCUGUGUGAGCUAAUAUCCAAAAACCCAGAAAAGGUGAAAUCUCUUAAUGUAGACGCUAUCAUACGUGACGGUUUGAGAAGAUUUUCGGACCAAGUUGGACAUUUCUGGAAUUGUCUUGCUGAUUAUUAUAUUAGAAGUGGCUUGUUUGACAGGGCACGUGAUAUUUAUGAAGAAGCUAUCAACACAGUAAUGACUGUGCGAGAUUUCACUCAGGGAAUUUUUUUUUUCUUUAAGGUUUUUGAUGCCUAUUCUCAAUGUGAAGAAAGUCUCAUAAAAGUCAAAAUGGAAGAAAUAGAGAAUGGGGCUGUGGCUGCUGAAAAUGUCCUUCAUUUAGAUUUGCUGAUGGAAAGGUAUGAUUAUUUGUUAGAAAGAAGACCUUUAUUAUUAAACAGUGUUUUAUUAAGACAAAAUCCUCACAAUGUCCAUGAAUGGCACAGACGCAUAAAGUUACUGGAAGGCAAGCCCAAAGAGAUUAUUAGUACAUAUACUGAAGCUGUACAGAAGGUAGAUCCAAAGUCGGCUUGUGGAAAACUGCAUACAUUGUGGGUAUCAUUUGCUAAAUUCUAUGAAUCCCACAAGCAAAUAGAUGAUGCUCGUAUAAUUUUUGAAAAAGCCAUCCAAGUGUCUUAUACUGAAGUUGACGAUCUUGCAUCGGUUUGGUGUGAAUGGACAGAAAUGGAAAUUCGUCAUAAUAAUUUUGAAACUGCUCUGAAGCUGAUGCAUCGAGCCACUGCUGCACCUGUUCAUAAAGGAUCGUAUCAUGAUCAAUCUUUGCCCGUGCAAGAAAGACUUUACAAAUCUUUAAAAGUGUGGCUCCUGUAUGCAGAUUUAGAAGAAGCUCUAGGAAAGUUUAAGUCUAUUAAAGCAGUGUAUGACAGAAUCAUUGAUUUGAGGAUAGCAACUCCUCAAGUAAUCAUCAAUUAUGGCUUGUUUCUUGAAGAAAACAAUUACUUUGAGGAAGCUUUUAAAGCUUAUGAAAAAGGAAUAUCACUCUUCAAAUGGCCAAAUGUGUAUGAUAUAUGGAAUACAUAUUUAGUAAAGUUUUUAAAACGUUAUGGUGGAACUAAACUAGAAAGAGCUCGAGAUUUGUUUGAACAAUGUCUUGAAAGAUGUCCAGCUGAAUUUGCAAAAUCAAUAUAUUUACUGUAUGCUAAAUUAGAAGAAGAACAUGGUCUAGCAAGGCAUGCUAUGUCUGUCUACGAACGAGCUACUAGAGCCGUUCUUCCUAAGGAGCAGUUUGAGAUGUUUAACAUAUACUUGAAAAAAGCAGCUGAAAUAUACGGAGUAACGUAUACACGACAGAUUUAUGAGAAAGCCAUAGAGCUAUUACCAGAUAGUGAAGCAAAGCAGAUGUGCUUAAAGUUUGCUGAUUUGGAGAAGAAAUUAGGCGAAAUCGAUAGAAGUAGAGCUAUUUAUGCUCACUGCAGCCAAAUGUGUGAUCCAAGAACUAACCAAGACUUUUGGAGGACGUGGAAAGAGUUUGAGGUUCGUCAUGGUAAUGAAGACACUAUGCGAGAAAUGUUACGCAUCAAGCGUAGUGUCCAAGCAACCUAUAACACCCAAGUGAAUUUCAUGAAUGCACAAAUGUUAAGUGCUGCUGUUGCAGCUGCUCGCAUUGAAGUCCCUGAAAUUGAACCUAAUGUGAUGCAAAACUUAGAGGCUCAGGCUCAAGCUAUUUCAAAUACUGGAGAGCCAUCAUUGAUGAGCAGAGGAAAGGUGUUGUUUGUUAGAGGUGAAACAACUGAAGAAGAGAAGGCCAUGAUUGAAGAAGCUCAAGCUUCCAAUCCAGCUGAAAUUGAUCUGGAUUUUGACAGUGAUGAAGAUGAAAAAAUUGAAGAAAUUCAAUUAGAAGAGAGACAGGUACCAGAUGAAGUAUUUGGUGCACUGAAAGAGAAAGAUGAUUAGAAAAACAUAAUUCAGAAAUAUUCCGCAUGUAAAUAACUCAUCUAUUGUUGUCAUAAAAGAAAUUGAACUGUUGUAACCUUCCACUGUUGUAAAAUAAAUAUUUGAUUUUGUGGUAA